AUGCCAGGGCGUGAAGCGGUUCCACGCACGGGCAAUGCAAAUGAGCGGCGGAGGCCUGCGGGCGCCCCGUACGAUACGGCCUUGACUUCCUCCCGGCAGAAGGCGAUCGUUCAGAAGCCAAACCAGUCGAAGCAGCCGCAGGAACCUUUAGCGGUUGCCCCCGCCUGUGAAAUGUGUCUUGCGUUAUUGCAAUCCUCUCAGAAGGUUCGCAAUGCAUUGGAGGCUGUGCUGACGAAUGCCAGGAUGGUGUUUCUUGACGAUACAUUGCAUCACCAAAUGGACGAUGAGCGGUGGGUGCGGGUGCUGCGGGCGAUUGGCCAAGAUAAAUCGAUGUAUUACGCAAGGAACGUGACAAUGAAGGACCCUCCACAUUGA